AUGGAAGGGGAAUUGGCAAAAGUGAGAGCGCAGACGGUGGUGGAGGGCAUGCCUGUACGAAUCUCCUUCCGCUGGCAAAAUGUAUUUUCGGAUGCCAUCUUGUACCAUGAGACCCUUCUUGACUUCCAGCCGGGCCCUGUGCUGUCCAACAAGGGCAUCAUUCCUGGCAUUCGUGCUGAUGCUGACGUACAUUCUCUUCCUAUCCUUUGGAACCUGCUACUCAGGGUCCUGACGACCGAAGCCCUGCCUCAUCUACAGGCAGCAGCACACGUUUCAGCAAAUGGCGUGCCCCGAUCCCCUGCAACUCGUCAAUUAGGAGAUUGGUCUAGCCACAGCCACAGUCCUUGCUCGUUCAGUCCCUGUCGCAGUAGCUGGUGUUGCCUUUCUCUUAGGCAAGACCUUCAUUAUUCUUUCCUGCCCGCCCCAUCCAAAAUUGAUGUUGGGUGUCAUGCAGGUGGUCUCUCUGACUCUAAUGCUGUGAAGUACAUCAACGCGGUCAAUGUUGUCGCCAACAAGGCUCCCACUAACUCUCCUCUGUCUUUCUCGUUUACCUCAUCUCACGUUCUCAUUUCGCUGCGGUCUAUAGCUCGCGAAAUUCGGCUAGGAGGAGAAAUUCUGUAAAGUUGACCUGGAGUUCUGGACUGGGUAGGAACGAUCUACGUAACACUACUGCAGCUGUACAACGAAACUGAUAGUAAUAGGAUGAUCCACAAAGCCAAAAGGACGAAUCAUAAAAUAAAUCAGUCCUACUAGACGUCGUGGAAUAUUCUCCAGUUUCUUGCCACGAAC